UUGAAAUAAUAGGAGGCAAUGAAAUACAGAUUUCCUUUUUUUAUUCUCUCUAAAGUAACCUAUCUCAUUCCCUCAACCUCUUCUCUUAGCCUCACCCUCUCUCUUCUCGUCUUUUUAUCUCCCUCACAUCUAACCUCUCAGAUUUCUUUCCAAGUAUUCUCUUGCAGGUGGCUGGCGUAGGAGUCUUGAUGGAGAUAGAGACAGUGACGGCGACCGGGCUCGACCGAAUAAUCAACACUCUAGGUUUAGUUUUAUUUUUCUAUUUUUUUCCUUUCCACUCACAGUAACACGUUGAGAUUUAUGUAUUGCAUACUGUUCUCUCUCACAUCACUCGCACUCGCACUCGCACUCCCUCUCUUUCUCAUUCUCUCAUUCGUUCUUCCUCUCUCAGGUGCAAAGGAGUGGAUGCACCAAUCUGGGUGCUUAGCAGAGGAGUGGCUUCGACGGUGCCGUGGGUGCGUUUGGGAUGGAGGUAUUUUUUUCUCUUUUUUUUCCUUUCUAAAAUCUGAGUUUAUAAUUUAAUGUUUUAAGUUGAUUUUUAGGUCAUUGGGUAUGAACGGAUCUGUUUUGAUUUCAAAAUUGUUUAUACUUGUUUUUUUGUUUGAUUUUUUAUAGCGUUUGUCAUGUUUGGUGUGUAUGGGAUUUUGACUUUUUUGUUUACAAGUAAUUUGUAUUUGUGAACUCUUUAGCUCUUGCCUCUAUCACCAUCUCUCUCACACUUAUUAUCGCUCUCUAUGUCUCACUAUCAUUAGAAACAGGCUUCAGACCCUGACAGAUCCUUUGACCAAAUCUUAUACAACUCAUAGUGAAUGCUCAAUUGAAUUUGAAGUGGAUGGACCAUACAAGGCAAUGAUUAUUCCAGGUUCAAAAGAAGAGGGAAUUUUGAUUAAGAAGCGAUAUGCAGUUUUCAACGAUGAUGGGACCCUUGCUGAACUUAAAGGUUUUGAAAUUAAGUGUAGAGGUGAGCUGAAGCUCAUCAAAGUUUUCCAGGCUGAGCUUUUCGACAAGUUUCUCGAUGGCUCAACCUUAGUGGAAUGUUAUUCAGUUGUUGCUUCUGUUGCCAACCACUGGCUUGAUCUUCUUGAUAAUCAAGGAAAGGAUAUUGCGGACAGUGAGUUGCUCGAUUAUAUAUCUGAAUCAAGUACCAUGAGCAAGUCUCUAGCAGACUACGGUGGGAAGAAGUCAUGUGCAGUGACCACUGCAAAACGUCUUGCUGAUUUUCUUGGUGAUGCAAUGGUCAAAGAUAAAGGGCUUCGUUGUCAAUAUAUUGUUGCAUGUGAACCUAAGGCAAUCUGUUGUGGAAGGUGUCAUUGUUACUUUGACCCCACCUCCGGCCAUUGUCGAUGUCCACUUCCCAAAGUCAUCAUCGACAUUCACAAUAAGUUCAGUCAGAGAAAAGGAGGCUCUCAUGCAAUGAUCCCAAAGUGAAGAAUGGGAAGAAUGUCAAGAAAAAUGACAUUAUUGAGUUUUCAAUGACCUAAAAAUAAUGUAUAGAUAUUUUUUUUAUGAAAUGUGCUUCUUAAUAAGC